GAGAGAGUUUUUGAUCCGAUGGGAGGUGUGUUGACCGAUAUUAGUAAUACAAGCGUAGUACUCGAAGCCAUAACGAGCCAAAAGUCCUAUUUGAGUCUCAAACCAGCAGAGAAGGAAACUACAGCAAAAUAUACGACAAAAAGGGCUGUAGAAGUGGUUAAA